GUGUCGGCACAAAGCGUAGCCUUUUCGCAAUACAAAAACGACCAAAUCGUUAACCCUAUCCCAGACAAAAUGUCAAAAAAUGAUACCCUACCCCAGACCCAAAGGCCGAAAAACCAUACCCUAUAGGGCGGCACAUAGCCGUGAUUGAUCUGAAAAUGUGCUGUGUCUCAUUUUUAGUCACGCUGGGUCAGUAGCAUGUGACUAUCGACAUUGCAAACAAAGGUCUUACGCAGUGAGAGCAAAACUAGCGUAAGAAGGAGUUAUUUACUAUCACGGUCACGGUCUUAACAACGUCUCCAACGAUGGCUCAGCCUCCAAGAGCGGGAAAAAUUCCAGUCAAGCCUAAAGUAAUUGUGAAAAAACAGCGAUGGUACUUGGGAGGAAUCGCGUCGGCCAUGGCUGCAUGUUGUACUCAUCCUCUCGAUCUCCUGAAGGUUCAUUUGCAAACCCAACAAAAUGUGAAGCAUGGGCUCAGUGAAAUGGCUGUACAAGUGGUAAAGCUGCAAGGAGUCAGGGGACUCUAUAAUGGAUUAACUGCAUCAGUAAUGAGACAGUUGACAUAUUCAACAACACGUUAUGGAUUAUAUGAAAUAUGGUCAGGAAUGCUUCGUAAAGAAAAUGUACCACUUCCUUUCUAUCAGAAAAUUAUGUUAGGUGCUGUUUCAGGUUUUCUUGGUGGCAUUGUAGGAAAUCCUGCAGACAUGAUCAAUGUUAGGAUGCAAAAUGACAUCAAACUUCCUAUCGAGAAACAAAGACACUAUAAGCAUGUUUUUGAUGGACUGUACAAAUCAGCCACCCAAGAGGGCUUACCAUCAUGGAUGCGAGGUGUCAGCAUGACUUCUACCAGAGCACUGCUCAUGACUGUAGCUCAGGUUGCCUGCUAUGACCAGACUAAACAAAUACUAUUAUCAACACGGUACUUCAAUGAAAAUAUUAUUACUCACUUCACAGCAAGCUUCAUAGCAGGUACCAUAGCAACUGGUCUUACACAGCCAUUUGAUGUAAUGAAGACAAGACUAAUGGAAGCAAGGCCAGGACAGUACAAGACUGCUCUACAUUGUGUUUACUAUACAGCAAAACUUGGGCCAAUGGGUUUCUACAAGGGUUUUAUUCCAGCAUGGGUGAGACUUGCACCUCAUACCAUCAUCACCUGGAUUUUCUUGGAGCAGCUAAGACGUUUUUUCCCACUUGAAUAAAACUAUAAUGAUAUAGGUAAAUACAUUACUGCAAUUUUCAAUAUAGUGCGAAUUCUGUAGUUGAAAGUUGGCUGUUAAAUUUGGUUUUUUCACUGCUGCCAGUCAAAAAUGUAGAGAGUACUGACUGAUUAUCUUUGAUUGAUGGAUAGUGAAAACACACAGUUUAUCAAGCAGCUCUAAGCUGCCGAGUUUGCUUAAUAUUGAAAACCUUUAUAACAGGGUGACUAUGAAAAUCAUAACCACUUUGAAAUAUUCCAGAAAAGUUCUAUUAUUCUUUGGCCAAU